CGCAUUUGUUAUCUGUAAGUCGUCGGGUCUUGUCUUUAUUCGUGGAGCCAGCCCCGCCAUCUGCAUAGACCAGAAAUCAAAGUGGUACGUGCUGCAUGCCCCAUCUGUGAGGCCAGUCCCCCAUCUGGCAAACUUAGUCCAAACAAACAAAUUCGUGCACAAACAACCAGAUAUCAGUGGAGAUAUAGCAGUACAUAUAGUACUUAUAUGCGUACAAGUGGAGCCGUGUAUAUCUGUGUCGGUGCGUCUGUGGAGAGUGCGUGCGUGUGUGCGAGGAGGGCGUUUGUCUUGCCGCUGGCAUCGCGGCAAAAAUCGCGCGCGUUUUCUUUGAGCCGAUUUGCAGGCGAUUUGCAUAAAAGUCUACAGAAAAGUUCUCAAAAAUUAAAAAUUACCCAAAAAGUAAAAAAACAAAAUUGAACGAGAAUAUAAAACAUAAAAGUGUCUAAGAACACAAAUUUUUUGUCUCAAGUAAAAGUGAAAAACUGUACAAUAAAAAUACAAAAUAAAUCGCAUUAUUUAAGAGUAUUCCAAAGUGGGAAACCAUUGAAAGAAAAUUAAUUGCGUUUCCUCGAAAAAUUUUCCAGAUGACAAAUUGUUGUAAAAAGUGAAAAUAAGUGUCGGAAAAUAAUCUGCGUGCCAUAAACGCGAACAAUUAAAAUUCCAUUUAUAAAAAGUAGAGAAAAUAAACAGAAAAAAGGAAAAUACACAUAGAACAAGUGUCGGCCAGUGUCAAAACAUAAAACGCAAUAAGCAAUAAGCAAUAAGCUCACAAAACAAAGGAAAAUGUUUUAAAAAAUGAAUAGAUAUAAAAUAAAAUAAAUAUACACAAACAGAGGAUCAAACGACAAAGAGAAUUCGACAAAAAGAGCGUGCGAAAAAAGUGAGACAAAGGCAGAGAACAGGGGAUCUCUCAGCUGGUAUUUAAGAGGCCGAAAGUAAUACUUGAAAUGGCGAUGCCUCCCCAAGGAGGCGGUGGGGGCAGUGGGGGACCACUGAGCCCCAAGUUCGUGGUGAUUCUGCUAGUGCUGGUACCCCUCAUCAGGGCCGGGGGGGACGCCAAAGGAACGUCGACGGUGAUCACCACAACAGCUCCGCAGAUGGGAAACCGCAGUCCCCAUCAGCAGCAGCGUCUGCAGCUCUUGCAGGAGGCCCAGCAGCUGGAGGCGGCCCACCAGCACCAUCACCACCUGAGGCACGAGCAGCAUCUGCGUGCGGAGCUCGAGGGGAACCAUAAGCCGCCGUCUGUGGGCGUCGGACCUGGAGCUGCCACGGCCAUGAAGCUAUUCGAUCAGCAGCUGCCGCCGGCGGCCACGGGACAGCAGCAGCACCAUUUGCGUCAUCACAACCGCCACCACGUGACCUGGGAGCAGAGAGUCUUCCCCUCGCUGCGUCACCAGCAGCACCGCCUGGCCAUGAGCUCCACUCCAAGACCCGUCGUCACCACCGAGGCCCCGCAUCCACCCCACUCGAUGAUGGGCAAUCACAGUCGCUACUUCGAUCGCGAUGGAAUAUACCCGCCAUGGGCUGAGCCCAGGUCUACGCGGGGACCCAACUGGCGGCAGGAGGUGGACACCUCCUCCGAAGACGCUGACGAUGACGAUGAUGACGACGACGAUGAUGAGGACUACGAGUACGAGGAGGACUCCGGCUCCAAUGCUGUGGACGAAGAGUUGGCCCGACAAAUGCCGCGCUAUUCGCUCUUCAGUCAGAAGCUGCCGCACAUCGAGUCGAAGGAGGAGGAGUACGAUGCCUACGACCAGUCCGACGAAUCGGACAUGAACUCCAGCAGGAACAAGCAUCCCAGUGUGGGUAAUUCACAUGACAAGGCUGCGGCCAAGAGGAACAUCUUCGACUGGCUAUUCAAGAGGGACAAGGAGAAGGAGCAGAACCUGGAGCAGGACAAGCAGAAGACCCAUAGGGACCGUGCUCUGGUGGUAGUCAGGAAGCCGCACACGACAGAGAGACCCACAGAGAAGACCACGGAGAAGCCCACACUGAAGCCAAAGCUGCAGCUAAUCGACGCCAAUCUCCAGGAGGUGGACGAGGAGGACUCCUCCGACGACACCGACACCGACACCGACGCAGACUCCGACUCCGAGGAGAGCUUCUCCAACGAGCAGUGGAACAAAAUCGAGCACGAGCACCAUCUCAAGCAGCAGAAGCACCAGAAGGAGCUGCAGGCCCUGCGGGAGACCAGUCGCAACACCCCGCUCAUAAGGGGAGCCUCUUACAACAUUGAGAAUGAGGUAAGUGCUGCAAAGACAUUAGAAGACGGCAACGAUGGCCAUGAUGUGGAAAACAUUUACUCGCCAAACUACAUAACGGGAAAGCUGACGCAGAGAAAGGAGGAGCAACUGGGCACGCCCGAGGCAGCGCUCAAGGCCCGACGACAACAAGCCCUGAAGCAGAAGCGGGAGAGAGCCCUGGCCCAGGCCCACAUGCACCAGGUGAUGGCGGACGCCACCUGCCGCGUGCCCCAGCCGCGCUGCCAGCGCGUCCAGCAGGACCCCUCGAAGAUCUACACGCCCCACUGCACCGUCCUGCACCGCUGCAGCGAGGACAGCGGCUGCUGCCCCAGCCGCACCCAGAUCUGUGCCGCCAAGAGCACCCACAACGUUGAGUUGCAUUUCUUUGUGAAAAGCAACAAACAGCACCGACCCAUUAUCGAGAAGAGGACCUUCGUGAACCACACCGAGUGCCACUGCAUUGAGAGAUCCAACUUCAAGGAGGACGCCGUCGCCCUGGCCAGCACCUCCAUUGUGCGGGCCACCAUCCUGAGCUGCACCUGUCCGCGCAGCUUCGAGGUGAUCCUGCAGGACAACGGCCAGUGCCGCUGCGACUGCAGCUCCGGCAACUACGACUGCGACUGGCUGAAGCGGGGCAACGAGCACUUCGCCGUGGACGAUCGCAAAUGCAUAAAGCACGGCGGCUGCAAGCCCCCGACCUGCGAGUACGGGCACUACAUGGACAAGCACGGACGCUGCCCCAAGCAGCACGAGCAGCCCGUCUACAAUGCCAUGUCGUAAGGGGCGCCAGGAGCGUGCCCCCCUCAAGAAAACCUGGAAAAGUAUUAUUCAAGGCAAGAGUCGAAGAGCCAGGGAUGGAAAGGCCUCGGCCGCAGGAUCCAACACAACACCCAAUAUUUCCAUUCAAACAGAAUAAAGUGAAUUUAGUUGCAUAUCCUAUACGAAUCCCAUACGAAUCUAUCUAGAUAGAUACCCCGGACAUACCUAUAUAUAGAUACAUACAUAUAUAUCUGCUGAUUGUGUACUAGAUCUUUUACAGCCACAAUUGUUUGCCCCGAAAGUCUCCCCCAACUAAAAUAUCUGUAAAGAACGAAAAAGUAUCUUCAGCCAAACAUGAAACAAGACUUUUUCGGGCAUGUUUGAAUCCACUAAGAAAAAUAGAAUUGUUCAUAAAUGUUUCAAUUACAUCAAUUAUGCAGAUACGUACUCGUAUUGUGCUCUAGAGAGCAAGAGAGAGAGAGAGAGAGAGAGAGAGUUAUGCGAGGGUUUUAAGAGAACGAAAAUGAUAAAUUCCAAAUAUAUAAAUUGACUGCGUUUUUAGUUUUAAUUAACUAAUGUUAUGUUAUUUAAUUAUAAUAAACGACAAGCAAACGAACACAAAUCAUUAAAAUUACAAAUUAAAUAUAUAUAUUAAUUACCUAUUAACGAACGAAAACACACACACACACACACACACACACAUGUAGUAUAUAUUAUUCAUGUUAUUAGUUAUUAGAUAAGUUGUAACACAAAGAAAAACGCAUAAACAUACACACCACACACACACACGCACACAAUCGCAAACAAAAUUAAAUUUUCAUAUUUAAUUUCUAGUCAAAUUUUAAUUUUGUUUUCUUUUUGCCCAACAUUCAAGCAUUCAAACAUUCAAGAAAACAAAAACAAAAGGCAUUUACACAUACAUACACACACACACACACACACACACAGAAGCAUAAAUCUUAUAGAAAAUAAUAAUUAAAAAAUAUAUCCGCGAGUCUAGUGAAGGAUUAAUGUAUAAACCGUACUCGAUUCGAUACUCGUCCUCGUAUGAAUGUGAACUCUUGCUUAUUCCCCGAAUCCGAAUCUGAAUCUGAAUCUUUUGAUAGCUCAACUAAACUAAAUUAAGCAAAUACUCUGCAUCCAGUACAUUACAAAGAAACUCCUGGAAGCUGAAGGCUGCCAUUCACCCAGAAACCGAGUCCGUUUUGCCAUUCACACCGCACGUGUAGGGAUUCGCAUCUGUGGAAUGGCUUUCAGCUUUGAGGAACAUCCUCGAGCGCAAUUUUCACACACUGUAGCUUCUAUUCCCGCACAACUCUUUAGUUUAAUUCUUAUCGAUAUAGUUCCAGCACUGUAUAUAUAUAUUUUAGACGAAAACCUAAAUUUAAGCGGCACCCGAAAUGCAACAACUUUGGCAAUAAAUAUAGUACUAGACCUCAGUGGAUAUCAUUUGCAUAUUAAUGACAUUUUGCCUGCGGGAGAGCAGGGAGCGAGGAGCGAGGAGCUCAAUUAAUCAUUUCCGAACAAUGUAUUUUUUAUGCGAAUGCAUUUUGGGGAAAUUCAAUUAUUAUGAUUAUGAAAUUUAUUUAGCAUUUAGCCCGCGACACAAUAAGCCGUUUAAUGUUCCGUAAUGCUACUCCACUCUCCAUUCUAUAUUAUUUAAUCUACUUUUAUCGUUUAUUUGCCAUACUUUGCGGUCCAUAUAUUUGCUCAAAUUUAUCUGUAUAUUCAUAAAACACACACACACUCACAAACACAACACUAAAUCUCAAUGCAAUGCUAAAUGUCACAUAAAUAUUUCCAUAAAUCUGUGCCAUCUAUCUAUCUGUACACCAUCCAUAGAUGCCGCCACAGAAAUACCAAGCAAAUAUAUACGAAUAAUUAUUACAAGGCAACAAGAACAUUUCAAAAUGAUUUUAUUUACAACUUUUAGCAUAAAUUUUAAUGUAUAAAAACAACUAGAAGCGAACCCAAACGUUGAGCAAAAAACAAAAACACAAAAACCAUUACUAAUAAAACGAAAAAUAUUACUACUAUGCAAAAA